UACGUGUCCAAUGUCAUCGGAAGCUUUCUAUAUUAUCACAUUUCACUCGCAUUCUCCGGCCAUGCAUUGCAAGCCGGAGUUUUAGUUAGGGUUUUUAAAAUCCUAUACUAUUCAUGAGCUGAACUAAAUAUCAGAUGAUCAAAAAAAUUUCGAAAACAAAAAUCAAUCCUAUUGACCGUGUGAUCUUUUUUUUCUACCAGGUGAUAAUCUGUAUAGUGCAAUAAAAAUCGACACGUAGGUAUAUAUCAUCAGCGUGUUUGUUUUUCGUAAAAUUCACACACUCCACAAAGCCAUAAAAACCGAGUGGAACUUCAGUCAUUCAAAAACCCUCAAGCGAAGCGGCGGCACAGAAGCACAAAACAAAAACUAGUUUACUGCAAAAUAGUAAACCAGUCGGUGCGAGAAAGAGAGGGAGAGAAAAAUAGAAGGAGGAACAGAUAGAGCAAGACAAAGAGGAAAACAAAAAGAGGGAGACGGAAAAAUGCCGCAUCGAACGUCGCAAUCAACCGUUUGGUGCUGCAUGUUGUUCUUUCAUUUGUCCAAUGUGUUGGCGCGUAAUCAAUCGGUGAUUUUUGUGAAUAUUUCGACUGUUGGUUAUCCGUUGAAGUUGGUGUAUCAAACGUGGGUGGGGCCUGAUUUGAAUGUACAAGGUGAAUGGAAGAGAUUCGAUGGUACGUUCAAUUGCCGCGAACAAGAUGCAACGGAUGCAAUAAUCAUUGAAUCAAGCGAUCCACAAAUGCCGGCGCAUUUUUUCGAUCGAUAUCCAGGCAUCGAAAGCAUUAAAAUGACCCAAAAAUACUUGAAAUCAAUUGCGUCGGCCGAUUUUCUGAAUGCAAAUUCACUACUUCGUUUGAAUGUGUCACACAAUGAGAUCGACAACAUUGCGCCGUUCGCAUUCGAUGCUGCACCAAAACUGGCAUCAAUAGAUUUGUCAUUUAAUUUGCUGCAAAAUUUAAAUGAAAACAUUUUCACGUCUUAUUCGAUCAAAUAUUUGUAUUUACACAACAAUCAAUUAACCGUAGUCCAGCCACAAUGGUUUGAGAAGCUGUUGUAUUUGCGCGUUUUGACAUUAAACAACAACCGAAUUCGGGCAAUUGACUGGCAACUUUUCGAUUCGAUGCCCAACAUCAAUGUGCUGCAUUUGCAUGCAAACCAAAUAGCCGAUGUGCGUAGUGGUGCACAGCAACAGCCCGAACCACCAAGGUCAAUGCAAACAUUUUCAAUGUACGAUAAUCCAGUUGUCGCAGCGCAUCACUUGAUGCGGCUGAAUGGUGUGGCAGCGGUUGAUGUACGAAAUACGGGCGUCCAAAUCUGUCAACUCAGCCAACGUAUGCACACAUUGAUUGCAGCAAACAAUGAAAUUCGCGAAAUCAAUUUGGAUAAUUUGAGUGAACCACAUGAAAAUACACUUGUCACAUUGCAUUUGGCCAACAAUCGCAUGGAAUCCAUGGCAAAUGUAACACAUUUUCAUCGUUUGCAAUAUCUGAAUUUAUCGUACAAUCUGCUCGCUCACAUUGACGCACACAUUUUUGACACGCUCAACAACUUACAGCUGCUGGAUUUGAGCCACAAUAAACUGAUGCGAUUCGAUGUACCAAACAAUCGAAUGCCAAGUCUGAAUGCACUGGAUGUGUCGUUCAAUGAAAUAUUAAGAGUGGAGUUGGAUGGCAUCGUGUCUCAACUUGAAACUCUUAACAUUGAUGGCAAUCGAAUUAAGGCUACCACCUAUUCGAUGCAAGCGAUGAAGACGGGAAGCAAUGUCAAUCACAAAUCCGAAUGUUUAUCCGAUUCGAUUGGGUGCCCGUCGGGCGAUGAACAUAGCGAUGAGCACAAGCACCAUUGCACCAUUCGUAACUAUGACGAGAAACGCCCGAAAAUCAACGACGACAUACGCGAUUUUAUUUAUGAACAAUUUCACAUUAUGGAACAGAAUAUUUUGCAAUUAAUCGACGCUAAGUUCACAGAUAUCAACCGACGAAUACGACGACUCGACCAAGAAAUGAUUGCCAUCACAUCAGGCAGGCCCGAUUAUUACUGGGAUUAGAAAUUGAACUAAAAAUUCGAUGCAUUUCAUGCAGUGAUUUUUGCUUUGGAUAAAAGCAAUUAGUAAACUAGAAAAAAUGAACACUUUUUAUGUGGGAAAAAUAUGAAUGAAUAAACAAAAACGCUGAUUUUGUUGUACGAUUGUUUUCUA